AUGUCGGAAAAAACGUGUUAUGCCAUGCACGGUGGCUCCAUUCGUGAUAUCAACGUUGACGUGCCGUGUGGAGUUACGAAUUCGACGAACGAACAUGUCAUCUGCUGCGUGCAGGGGGAUUACUGCCUGAGCAACUCGAUCUGUCUGCAUGUCAGCGACAAUGGAAACAAGGGAUAUUACAAUGCCGACUGCACGGACGAAACGCUUCAGGAUGCGGCAUGCGGUCGACCUCUUUCUGAUUUAAUAUGGAACUCGAAUACCGGGCACUGGGCUUGUUGCGGGUACAACAGCACCACGAAAUCCGCCGAUUGUUCGGAUCCUAGCGAUGAGUUAUAUCCUGCCCCGGCGCCCGAUCAGCUCGCGACGAUUCAGUACCUGCCCACUCAUGGUUAUCCGACAUAUGCAUCAGCCACGUCCACGGCCACGGGCACCUCAACGGCUACGGGCGCUGCAACUUCUUCGGCUUCAUCAUCAUCGUCAUCAUCGGGUCUCGGGGCUGGCGCCGCAGCGGGAAUCGGGAUCGGAGUGGGAGCUGGUGUCGUCAUGAUCGCUGCACUGCUGGCACUAUGGUAUAUACGACGAAAGAAACCGGCGCAACCUCAAUAUAUCCCGACGCCAUAUGGAUACAAUGGUAUUCCAUCCCCAGCGGUACAUCCGAACGGUAUGCAACCUUCCUGGACUUAUCCGUCGCCGGGACAAUAUCCGAUACAGGAAUUGGGGAAGACGGAUCCUGGGCCGAGGGAGCUGGACUCGCAAGCUAAAUAA